AUGCCAGUGACCUCAAAGUAUAGUUUCCAGAGGCGACUGUCAUCCACUUUCAAGAACCGGAAAAUCCUCUAUGUGCCCUGCAGCAAAUUCGUUCAGAAAGGCGAUUAUGUGCACGUCUUAUACACCGGAUGGCUGUACGAGACUAAGAAGCAGUUUGACUCGAAUGUCGGUGGUGAACCCAUUCGGAUAACCGUGAGUGCAGGUCAGGUCAUUGCCGGAUGGGAGGAGGGUCUAAUUGGUACUUGUGAAGGUGAACGCCGUCGUCUUCGCAUUCCCAGUUCGAUGGGUUACGGAGAAAGGGGCUACGGGAAUCUCAUUCCACCUGACUCGGAUCUUGAAUUCGAUAUCGAAAUGGUUCGUAUUGACAAGAGGAAGAAGGAGUUCUGA